UUUCCACAUCAAACCUUUCUGCUGGCCGGGCUGGCGUGCCUCCCUCACCACUCCCCCGUGAGUCACUGUCAUGGCGGAGCGGUAAACACAGGAGGGAGGCAGCCGGUGCACGGCUUUUUAUAAAUCAGGUUUCUUACAAAAAUGUCUCGCUGGAUUCCGACCAAGAAAGAAAAAUAUGGCGUUGCAAUCUAUAACUAUGAUGCCACCGGGAACCCGGAGCUGGGGCUGCAGGUGGGGGACACCGUUCACAUCCUGGAGACAUUUGAAGGGUGGUACAGAGGCUACUUGCUGCGAAACAAAGCUCAGAAGGGCAUUUUCCCGGCUUCAUACAUCCACCUGAAAGAGGCCAAAGUGGAGGGCACAGGACAGCAGGAGACGGUUAUCCCCUCUGACAUGCCCCUGGUUCAGGAGCUCACUGCCACCCUGCGGGAGUGGGCACAGAUCUGGUACAAACUAUUCGUGAACAACAAGACCACGCUGUUCCGAAACAUCCAGCAGAUGUCGUACAGCCUGAUUGAGUUCCGCUCGCAGAUAGUGUCGGGGACGCUGCCAAAGGAUGACCUUGUAGAGCUCAAGAAAAAAGUCACGGCAAAGAUUGACUACGGCAACCGGAUCCUGGGUCUGGACCUGGUGGUGCGGGAUGACAGCGGGAACGCUCUGGACCCAGAGAGCAGCAGCACGGUCAGCCUGUUCCGCGCUCACGAGACAGCGUCCCGUGGCAUUGACGAGUACAUCCAGGAGGAGAAGUCUCGGAGACAGAACCUGGAGAUGCGGCGACAGUCUCUCUUCAGCUCUGUCCACACCUACAGCCUCUUCAUGAACCUCAAGAACUUUGUGUGCAACAUCGGAGAGGACGCUGAGCUGCUCAUGUCACUGUACGACCCCGACCAGUCCGACUUCAUCAGUGAAAAUUACCUGGUACGCUGGGGAAGUACAGGGAUGCCAAAGGAAAUUGAGAAACUCAACAACCUGCAAGCACUGUUUACGGACUUGAGUAGCAGUGACCUGAUUCACCCCCGAGUGUUCCUGGUGUGUCAGAUCGUCCGCGUGGGAUGCAUGGAGCUCAAAGAUGGCAAGAAGCAUACGGCUGGCCUGAGGAGACCCUUUGGGGUGGCAGUGAUGGAUAUCACAGAUAUUGCCCACGGGAAGGUUGACGAUGAGGAGAAGCAGCACUUCAUCCCAUUCCAGCAGAUCGCCAUGGAGACCUAUAUACGGCAGCGGCAGCUCAUCAUGUCGCCGUUGAUCCCAUCGCGAGUCAUCGGCGAGAACGAGCCCCUGACCUCCGUCUUCAACAAGGUCAUUGCUGCCCGAGAGGUCAAUCACAAAGGUCAAGGACUCUGGGUCUCUCUGAAGCUGCUCCCUGGAGACCUGGCUCAGGUCCAGAAGGACUUCCCUCACCUGGUGGAUCGAGGUACUGCCGUUGUGCGGAAGAUGGGCUUCCCAGAAAUCAUCCUCCCAGGUAACGUGCGCAAUGACAUCUACGUGACUCUGGUCCAGGGUGAAUUCGACAAGGGCAAAAAGAAGACCCCCAAAAAUGUGGAGGUCAUGAUGUGUGUGCUGGAUGAGGAUGGGGUGCCUGUUCAGAAAGCAAUUUUCCCUGGAGCCGGGUGCGAGGGCAUCUCGGAGUACAAGUCUCUGAUUUACUACCAGGUGAAACAGCCCUGCUGGAACGAGACUGUCAAGGUGGCGAUUCCCAUUGAAGACGUGUGCCGCUGCCAUCUGAGAUUCACCUUCCGGCACCGCUCCUCCCAAGAAUCUAGGGACCGGUCGGAGAAGCCCUUCGGCGUGGCGUUUGUGAGGCUGAUGAACGUCGACGGUACCACCCUCCGAGACGGGAGGCACCACCUCAUCUUGUAUAAGGGAGACGUGAAGAAAGCAGAAGAUGCCAAGUCUUAUCUGAGUGCUCCAGGGACAAGGGAGGAGCAGGAGGACCGAGAGAGGCAGUCUGGGAAACCGUUCCAUCAUUCCAGCAACCUUCCCAUCAUCAAAGACAUCUUCCAGAUCAGCACACUCACCUGCUCCACCAAACUCACCCAGAACGUGGACCUGCUGGCGCUGCUGAACUGGAGGUCGAACCCAGAGAACCGGGAGCAGACCCUGCAGAGGCUCAUGCAGGUGCAGGGCAGCGAGAUCGUCAAGUUUUUGCAUGACACUCUGGACGCGCUGUUUAACAUCAUGAUGGUCACCUCAGAGAAGGACACCUACGACACUUUGGUAUUUGAUGCCCUGGUGUUCAUCAUCCUGUUGAUCGGAGACAUUAAGUUUCAGCACUUUAAUCCUGUACUGGAGACCUACAUUACCAAGCACUUCAGUGCCACGCUAGCAUAUGUGAAGCUGACUAAGGUGUUAAAUGACUACGUGGGGAACGCAGAGGAUCCCAAUAAGACGGAUCUGCUGUUUUCUGCACUCAAGGCCCUCAAAUACCUGUCCAGGUUCAUUGUGCAGUCCCGCAUUCUCUACCUGCGGUUCUAUGGAAACAGUGAGGAUGGAGACGAUUUCAACAACUCCAUCAGAAAACUCUUCUUCUCUUUCAACAUCCUGAUGGACCAGCCUCUGGAGGAGGCAGUCAAAAUCAAGGGCGCUACACUGAAGUAUCUUCCUGCCAUUGUGAACGAUCUCCAGCAAGUUUUCGAUCCCUGUGAACUCAGUGUUCUGUUAACCAAGUUUAUCGAGAGCAUCCCGGAUUUCCAGCUCGUCCGUCAGAAACUGGGCUGCAUGUGCAAAAUCGUGGAGAGCGACCUCUUCAAACAGCCAGAGUGUCGUGACGUGCUGCUCCCGCUGAUGACUGACCAGUUAAGCGGUCAGCUGGACGACCGCUCCCAGAAACCGGAUUACGAGGCGUGCAGCCAGCUUCUCAGCAACAUCCUGGAGGUGCUGGACCGCAAGGAUGUGGGCUCCUGCGGGGCACACGUCCAGCUUAUCAUGGAGCGUCUCCUGCGCAGGGUCAACCGCACCAUCAUCUGCAUGAGCCGCCCCUCCCCUCUCAUCGGCCAGUACCUGGCUUCCAUGACAGCCAUCCUGAGGCAGAUGGACGAUUCCCAUUACAGCCAUUACAUCAGCACUUUCAAAACCCGUCAUGACAUCAUUGAUUUCCUGAUGGAAACGUUCAUCAUGUUUAAAGACCUGAUUGGGAAGAAUGUCUUUCCCAACGACUGGAUGAUAAUGAACCUGUUGCAGAUCAGGGUUUUUCUACGAGCGAUCAACCAGUUUGCAGAUGUUCUCAACAAGUAUUUCCUGGACGAGGCAAACUUUGAACUGCAGCUGUGGAACAAUUACUUCCAUCUGACUGUCGCAUUUCUUACCCACAAGUCCUUGCAGCUGGAGACCUUCUCGCAGGAGAAACGCAACAAAAUUAUCAGCAAGUAUGGAGACAUGAGGAAAGAAAUUGGUUUUACAAUCAGGGACAUGUGGUACAAUCUUGGUCCCCACAAGAUGAAGUUCAUCCCUGCCAUGGUGGGUUCCAUCCUGGAGGUGACGCUGGUCCCCGAGCCCGACUUAAGGAAGGCAACCAUCCCAAUAUUCUUCGACAUGAUGCAGUGUGAGCACAACUCCAGCUCCAGCCGCAGCUUCCAAGCGUUUGAGAACGAGCUGAUUAUGAAGCUGGACCAGGAGGUGGAAGGAGGCCGGGGGGAUGAGCAGUACAAGGUCCUGCUGGAGAAGACGCUGCUGGAACACUGCCGGCGGCACCGCUACCUGGCCAGCUCCGGGGAGACCUUUGUCUUGCUGCUCAGCAGUCUGCUGGAGAAUCUGCUGGCCUAUCGCACCAUCACCCACGACGAGAGCCCCGAGCACCGCAUGAGCUGCACUGUCAAUGUCCUGAACUUUUAUAAGGAGAAAAAACGAGAAGACAUUUACAUACGGUAUUUGUACAAGCUGCGAGAUUUGCAGCGGGCCAGUGAGAACUACACUGAGGCAGCCUGCACCCUGCUCCUGCAUGCUGAACUCUUACAGUGGUCCGAUCGGCCCUGCGCCUCCCACCUCAUUCCCAGGGACCACUCCCAGGUGUGGAGCCAGCAGGAGCUCAAGGAGUAUCUCUUCAAGGAGAUCAUCAGCUACUUCGACAAGGGCAAGAUGUGGGAGAAGGCGAUUGAGCACAGCAAGGAGCUGGCCAGGAUGUACGAGAAUGAGAUAUUUGACUUCAUCGGGCUCAGCCAGCUGCUGAAGCAGCAGGCCCAGUUCUAUCAGAACAUCAUGCAUGCCAUGAGACCCCAGCCCGAGUACUUUGCAGUGGGAUACUAUGGACUUGGUCUUCCUUCUUUCUUGAGGAACAAAAUAUUCAUUUACCGCGGGAAGGAGUACGAGCGUCUUGAGGACUUUGGCCUGAAGCUGCUGUCUCAGUUCCCCAACGCAUCGAAGAUGACCAGCACAGCGCCCCCUGGCGAGGAGGUCCGCAAUUCAUCAGGACAGCACAUCCAGUGUUUCACUGUGAAGCCGGUGAUGAACCUGCCUCCUCGAUACAAGGACAAGCCGGUCCCGGAGCAGAUACUACACUAUUACAGGGCCAACGAGGUGCAGCAGUUCCAGUACUCGAGAGCCUUCAGGAAAGGAGAGAAGGACCCGGACAACGAGUUUGCAACCAUGUGGAUUGAGAGAACCUCGUACCUCACAGCCUACAAGUUUCCAGGGAUCCUAAAGUGGUUUGAAGUCAAAUCAGUCUCCAUUGAGGAGAUCAGCCCCCUGGAGAAUGCCAUCGAAACCAUGGAGUUGACCAAUGAGAAGCUGAGUAACCUGGUCCAGCACCAGGCCUGCGAUCGCUCCCUGCCUGUCCAUCCACUCUCAAUGCUGCUCAGUGGCAUUGUGGACCCUGCUGUCAUGGGCGGCUUCUCCAACUACGAGAAGGCGUUCUUCACAGAAAGGUACCUCCAGGAUCACCCAGGAGACCAGGAGCGUAUUGAACUCCUCAAGCAGCUCAUUGCCAUCCAGAUCCCGUUGCUGGCGGACGGGAUCCAGAUUCACGGCGAGAAAUCCACGGAGCAGCUGAAACCACUCCACAACCGGCUGGUCACCUGCUUCCAGGAGCUGAAGGAGAAGGUGGAGAAGCACUACGGAGUCAUUACCCUGCCCUCCUCCCUGACGGAGCGCAAGAAAAGCCGUACAGGCUCCAUAGUGAUGCCCUACAUCCUGUCGUCGACACUGCGCAGGCUCUCCACCAUCUCCGUGGCAUCCUCCGGAGUCUCUAGCUGCUCCACUUCCUCAGAACGCUCCUCGAGACCCUGCUCCAACGAUUCUCUGCUGGCCUCUGUGAGCGAGCGCAGGGGCUCAGUGCUGUCCAGGGCAGAGGAGCCCUUCUGUGACAACAGAAUCAGCCGAUUCAACAGGAAAGAGUGGAACAUCAGCAAAUCCCAAGUCCUGACUGAGAGAGAGCCAGACGGAGAGACACCCCCAGAGAGACCACAGCGCCCCAAGAGCCUGCAGUUUGGUGAUCGGCGGAUGACCCUGUCCUUGUUUCAGGGACCUUCCUCCCAGCUGAACUUGUCGACCCCUCUCAGCCUUCCUCCAGGCACCCCAUGCACGCCCCGAAGCUCCAGUUUCUCGUCUCUACAGAGCGAGGGGGAUGUGAACUCUGACCUUCAGGACACUCCGCCCCCAAUGCCUCCUAAACACAAACCUCUCGAGAACGGCAGCCAGAGGAAUAGGAACUCCACAGAGAUUGGGCCCCCGUUACCAGUUAAAGGGGACUCCAAACCUCCUCCUCCUCCACCCCCCAAAACCAGAAGAUCUGUUGUCCCAUCCCCAGAUCAUGCUCCACAGUGAGAGGGCUUCUGCGUGGGAGGGCAGUGCAGUUCUGGAGUGGGGAGGUGGGCUAGCUUGGGAGAGUAUCUCACCACCCCUCCAGUCAUGGGACUCUGCUUCAAGCAAGGCCCCCUGCAGUAAUGGGUGGGGCAUUGCCUGCUUUGCAGAUGGUGUUUUAAGAGCUUAUUUUGUGGAUUGUCUGAAUCUUAACAGAUGGCUAGAUAUAUCUAAUGUAGUUCAUACAAGUGGCUGCCUCUUAUGGAGUGUCAUCUCGCGAAUUCUGUUUUGUUUUUUGGUGUCAUGAACUAUGUAUUAGAGCCACACUUACUAAAGUUGUUUUUAAAGAUGUGUUCCUAGUUUUACAAGCAGACAGGCACUAUUGUUGUUUAUCUUAGUUUUUUGAGAAAAUGAAACCUAUAUGAGCUCUUAAGAUACACAGUAACAAAUACACUUAGGAUACACAGUAACAAAUACACUUAAGAUACACAUUAUAACAAAUAAAAUUCAAGAUACACAUUAACAAAUAAACGUGGCAGUCUUUCUACAGGGGUAUGAGAUGGAAUGCUGUAAUCUAGAAAUUAAGACAAACAUUGUGGCUAUUGCCUUACUCACUUCAUUUUGUGAGUCAACUCCCAUGAGUUUCUUAUUGACCCCAAACAAUAUGAUGGUGAAAAUAUGGCCUGCAGGGUGCAAUGUAGAUCCAACACUGUAGACAGAGCUUUUCAGAGGACCUGAUGGUUUGAAAUGGAAUGGUGGUGGACAUUGUUUUGAUUGUGUUUUCCCAGUGAAUGGAGUUUAUCAGCAUUUUGUUUGAUCAUUGAUCAAUUCUAUAUUACUGUUAUAUUGGAAGCCCGAUAAGCAGGGCAUCGUAUCAUACUGGAUACCAGGCUGAUGUGGAUGCUCUCUGGUCAUUGGGCAACCACACCCUCAUAACAUUCUGCACUACACAGCAUAAUGAUCUGAAUCUGUUCCUCUUCACUUCAAGACAUUUCACACCGGAAAGAAAAUAGAGACAACCAAUGUUAGAAAUAAUGCCUAUGAUGCUGCCUUAUGGGACUCCCUGUAGAAUGUUUUAAACAUACUGCGCAAGAUGACACUCCUAGAAAAAUAAGAGACUCACCACUGCUGUGUUAGGAAUGGAUGAUAUAAAGAGGAGUCAAGGUGUGGAUGCAUUAACUAAGCUGAGCAAUACCUUCUAAGCUGCAGUCUUACACAAAAGAAGGAGUAUUCACCCACCUGGAACGUGUGAUGUAGCUAAUGUCAGAUAAUAUUUUUUUUAAUAUCAUGAUUUUAAAUGCACAACACAGAAUUAACUUAAAUCUAAUUUUAAUUUUUUUUUUUCUUGUUAAUGAAAAUUGUUUAGCAAUUUGACAAUUCCACAGCAGCCACCUUACCAAAUACUAUUAACUUCUUCUCAUGAUUGAGCCUAUUGGGAGUUAUUUAACCCUGUGUUGCAGACUUCAAAACUACAAUGUCAAACAUCAUCACAAAAUGCAAAUCCACUAAAAAUCCUCUCUGAGUAAAUUUUUUUUUGCGUAAGCAAUGUUUUAAAAAGAGAAAGAUACAAUAAGAUGAUUAACAAAAAAUACUUUAAGAAGUGCAAUACAACUCUAAACACUGACUGCAUGAGAUCCAACACAGGACUUUUCUAGGGUCUGUUUUUAUGAACUAAAUACUGAGUCAACCAUAAUAAGGUUUCAUCUGCAUAGAAUUGUAUUUGAUUAAUAAAAACUUACUUACUUAACCCCUACUGGCCCUUAUUUUCCAUUACUCCUGCAGUCUUGAUUUUUAUUUUUAUUUUACUAAAAUUUGUAUUGACUUUUAUUUCCAGUACAUCACAAAGAUGUGUAUUAGUGUAAUAGCCACCAAAGCACAGUGAUGUAUUCACCCUGAAACUAAUAUAAACAUUAAAUAGCUAUCAAAAGCAGGAACUGAUCUUAACUGACAUGCAUAUAUUACCUCAUGUAUUUAAAAAAGGUGAGCAAAAUGCACUGGAUCUCAAUAAUGUAAAUACAAGAAAAGAUGUUUUUUUUUGAUGGUUUGGUUUAGCUGAAUGACGCCUGACCUGACUAUUUGCACAUUAAGAGCAAGAUGCACAAAAUCAUAGUGGCUUUUUAACAGUGCUCUGACAUGUCUGUUGUAUUUAUACUGGGUAGUGCCAUGUUCUUAAUAAUGAUAUUAUUUUCCGGGUACAAUUAGCUUGACAUGUGUUUGGCAUUUCAGUCAGAGUAGUGCAGUCAGAACUCUCCUUUAAUCCCACCUCUUUGUUAUAAGAACAUAAGAAAGUUUACAAACGAGAGGAGGUUGCUAGUAGCUUAUUGAUCCCAGAAUCUCAUCAAGCAGCUUCUUGAAGGAUCCCAGGGUGUCAGCUUCAAUAACAUUACUGGGGAGUUGGUUCCAGACCUCCACAAUUCUCUGUGUAAAAAAGUGCCUCCUAGUUUCUGUUCUGAAUGCCCCUUUAUCUAAUCUCUGUUUGUGACCCCUGGUCCUUGUUUCUUUUUUCUUUAUAUUCUGAGGUGUAACUUUUUCCAUGGUGACAAGGAGAGUUCUGUACUUGUGACAGGAAGUGACUGUUUUUGUGGCGCUGUCAAUACAGGAACAGACCCAAACAUGGUUGUGGAGUAGAGUAUGUCCUUCCUGGCUUCUUCCUCAUGUAUUUUCAGGAAAGCAGGGUGCUCCACUUGCUGUUUGUAAGGUAAUCAAACAUACAUGAAGACUUCUUUCAUCCACAAUCAGGAAGCUGCAUUGCAGGGCUCUACCACACAGUGGAUGACUGCAUAACUACAGAAAUAAUUUCUAGCUUUAAAAAACAAACCAGAAUUCAAGCAAAACCAUUGAAGAUACAAGUAAGAACAUAAGAGCAGUUUGACAAUCAGGCUCACCCUUUCUUAGCACACCAUUUGCCCCUAAUUGGAGGAUCUAAUUUAAUAGGAAUGCAUGUUUCCUAGUAUUGUAGAUCCUACUAAUUCACUUGGUAGGCUAUUCCAUGUAUUUAUAACUCUCUGUGUAGAGUGCUUUGUGUCUUAUGUUCUAAACUUACUUUAGCUUCCAUUUACCGGUACUUGUAAUUUUUAAAAUAAUAAUAAAUGCACUAUUACUGUUUAUAAUUGCAGUUAAACCAUGAUUUUUGGGCUUACCUUUGUCUGUGUGGCUUUUUCUGGUUAACUACCAAAUGGUAAUGCCCUCGGGUAACUAGAGAAGGAGCACAUCUAUAAAUACUUCAGAUAGCCACUCCUGAUAUGAGGAACUUAGAAAACAGCAAGUGGAGCACUCUACUUCCAUGACAACAAGUCAAGCAUGUACUCUGCCUCUCUGCAAAGGCUGGCACAUACUAUUUUUUUUUUUUAAAACAGGGGUGACUGUAAAAUUUGUAAUGAAUAAAACUUCAAUUAUUUACAAAUACAUGUGUCCUCU